AUGGCGCGGCGAAGACGAACAAGGCGAGGAAGCCUAAAAGACUUGAUCGAUGCUGGUCUUUUGGAAGUUGACGAAGAGUUGACGUCUGAGCCGCGCAAGGGAGAGCGAUAUACUUCAACACUCGCCGCCGAUGGCUCAAUAAUAUACGAAGGGGAAUCAUUUCCAAAUCCCUCGAACUGGGUGCUGCAUGUGGCAGGCAAUCCGCGAAAUGGAUGGGAUUUUGUUACAGCGAGGGAGCAAAAGCUAGAUUUCUAUAGAAAACAGUUUGAGGAUGGAAUAGAGCCACCACAAGAAAGCCAGCCGGCCAUAGUAAAGCCUGAACCUGUUCAGGAUGUGCCUCAAAACUACACUCGUCCCGCCGAUGCAGAUAGUCUGCAAUCAGAAUUGAAUGGCCUGAAAUUGCAGAUAGCUAAUCAGCAGUCAGCAAUAGCAAGUCUGAAUGCCAAGAUAGAGAACCUGUCCAUUGCAUCACCUGACGAUGAUACGGAAGAUGACAUCAUCAGGAACUUGCGCGAUCGAGUAAUGAAACUGGAGCCGGAUGAAUUCGAGAGACUGAUUGGCGAAUAUCUGAAAUACAAGGGUUUCUCAAAUGUUGUUGUAAGCGGUCGUUCCGGCGAUGGUGGUAUUGAUGGAGAAUGUGGAAUACCUUUCAUAAAUAUCAGAGUUGCUUUUCAGGCCAAGCGGUACCAAGUCGGAAGCAAUGUUGGUAGUCCGCCUGUACAGCAGUUACAAGGAAGUAUGCGCGGUCAUUUUGACAGAGGGUUGUUUAUUACAACUUCAGACUUCACUAUGCCAGCAAGAGGAUGGGUUGAAGAAGCGAAGGCACAAAUAACCUUGAUUAACGGCGAUGAACUGCUGAAAGAGAUGGUAAGUUUGGACUUGGGAGUGAAGGCUGUCACAGUUGUUAGGCACGAAUGGACGAGGGCUUCUUCGCCGAUUUGGAGAACAAACAAUGACACUAAUUCAAGAGACAACAGAAGGGGAGCGACUCGCUAG